AUGAAGCCGCAGCAGAAAGUGAGUGUAUGUUGUUGUUUGGGUUUGUUGGUGGUGGCAUUGGCGACUGCCUUGAAGGAGAAGGAGAAAGAGCAAGUGUUGUGGUCUAAGUCUUGGUUAGACUUAGCGGACAAAGAUGCGGCGGACUCAGCCUCCUCAGCCUUACCCACACAGACACAGACGCAGCCUCCUCUCAAUCUCAUGGUUCCCCUCACUCUCAUCGACUCUGCUGCUUCUAAAGGAGCUGUCUGCUUGGAUGGCACAUUGCCCGGUUACCAUCUUCAUCCUGGCUAUGGAUCGGGUGCAAACAGCUGGCUCAUUCAGUUGGAGGGAGGUGGGUGGUGUAACUCAAUCAGAAAUUGUGUUUAUCGCAAAACUACUCGCCGCGGUUCAUCCAAGUUCAUGGAAAAGCAAUUACCAUUCACAGGAAUAUUGAGCAAUAAAGCUGAAGAAAACCCUGAUUUCUUCAACUGGAACAGGGUCAAGCUACGUUACUGUGAUGGGGCUUCUUUUAGUGGAGACAGUCAGAAUGAGGCUGCACAACUUCAUUUUCGAGGGCAACGGAUAUGGUUAGCCGCUAUGGAAGAGUUAAUGUCCAAGGGAAUGCAGAAAGCUGACCAGGCUCUUCUUUCUGGAUGUUCUGCUGGGGGUCUGGCAUCCAUACUACACUGUGAUGAGUUCCAAGACUUGUUUCCCGAAACUACCAGAGUGAAAUGUCUAAGUGAUGCUGGAAUGUUCCUUGAUGCAAUUGAUGUAUCUGGUGGCCACACUCUAAAGAAUUUGUAUGCUGGUGUGGUUAGCUUGCAGGAAGUGCAAAAAAAUCUGCCAAAGACUUGUAUCGACCACCUAGACCCAACUUCGUGCUUCUUUCCUCAAAAUUUGGUUGCAAAUGUUAAGACUCCCAUGUUUCUUCUCAAUGCAGCCUAUGAUGCAUGGCAGGUUCAAGCUAGUUUAGCCCCUCCAUCUGCAGAUCCUCGUGGCUUAUGGGGUGCAUGCAAAUCAAACCAUGCACUUUGUAAUUCAUCCCAGAUCCAGUUUUUGCAAGACUUCAGGAAUCAAAUGCUCAAUGCUGUUAGAGAUUUCUCAAUGUCCACUAAAAAUGGUUUAUUCAUAAAUUCCUGCUUUGCUCACUGCCAAUCUGAGAGACAAGACACAUGGUUUGCUGAUGAUUCUCCUGUUCUUGGAAACAGGGCAAUUGCAUUGUCUGUUGGAGACUGGUACUUUGAUCGACUGCCGGUUAAAGCUAUUGACUGUGCAUAUCCCUGUGAUAACACCUGCCACAAUCUAAUGUUCAAUGACCAAGAGCUUCUUGUGGUGAGGCACUGCCCAUUGAAACUGAAGAGCUUUGAACAGGUUCUUUACCACGGGGAUUCUAUUAAUGACCAUUUAGCUUCUAAGGCGGGCAGGCAUAUGCUAAUCCCAUAA